AUGUCAGGCGACAAAGCAGACAGGCGAAAUUAUAAUGUAUUAUUCGCUCAGGAGAUCAUGCUUGGCCUCCUCAAUAAUUACGGAUACACGCUUGUUAUCGCUGGUGCGCAGGACAUAGCUCGUCUCUUCGAGAAGACCAAUUUGAUGCCCCUCUUCACUACAGUCAUGUUAUUUGCUGCUUUUGCUACCGGUGCUAUCCACGCCCGAAUAGCAGCACCCUAUUCCUACCGUCAACGUGUUGGUCUGGCCAUGCUUAUCCAGUCCGUAGGGUACCUACUAUUUGGUACUGCUUUCCUAUUUGUUGGAGUCCAACCUGUUAUCGGCUUCUGGAUGGCCCAAGUGGCAACCUUCUUAGUCGGAGCCUUUCAAACCAUAGGUGAGAUUAAUAACCUAUCGUUAUUGAACUCGCUCCCGAACGGUCUAGUUGGAGCCUGGGGUUUCGGUACUGGUGUAUCACAGUUCGUCGGUAGCAUAUCUUACGUCAUUGCUAUCAACCUAGGCAUAGCAUAUUCGACCUUCUUCUUGAGCCUAAUACCGGUCUACCUUGUCUAUUGGGCCCUCUUUACUCGAGUUGAAAAGCUGGCUCGUGGGGAGCGAGAGGUUAACGAGGGUGCGAAUGAAGCUCUACUUGUGUCGGAGGAGUCUCGUACCAGUCUUAAGCUCACUGGGAAGACCUUCCCUAACGUUUUACGGAUGGGUGGAAGCGUUAUUGGCAAUAUGGCCGCUACUUACGCGUUUAAUUAUCUGAUUGAGUCGGGAUUUGCCGAUCGAGCUACCUUGCAUCCUGAGCCUAUCACUGCGGCUAUUGCUGUGAAUUCAUAUGCACUAGGGGUGUCGGUGUAUGGUAUCGGUACUAUGCUGGCUCGACUCAGCGUCUCUUGGUUCCCUACUACUAGGAUUGGAAUCAUCACCAUAAUACAACUGAUGAACUCUAUUUGGAUGUUCUUCGUUGGUUGGAUUGCUGGUAUGAGCUACUCGAACUGCCUCAAUGUCAUUAGCAUGUCGAAAAAGGAAUCGAUCGACCUGGACCCCACUUGGGAGGAUGUCGUGAAUAAGCCUGUCGAGGCUGUUGAGAUGCAAGCUAGAUCCACUACUGACCGCUGCGUCGGUCCUACACCUCCCAUUCACAGGGUCUUCAAGAAUCCAUCGUGGCUAUCAAUGGCUUAUAUAACUGCCAUAAUGCUCAUCCUAUUCGGACGAAUAGAUGAAAUUGCCGACAGAAAUCUGCUAAGUAGUGCUGGCAAAGGCUCGCCCGAUCUGUUGAGGAUGCCGUCCCCUCAACGUUCCGCUUGCGAGGUGUUGCGAGCACAUAUAAACAUUUCUGAGCUUGUCAUUAAUCACGACAAUUUGGGAGAUGAUGAUGAUCGUCUCUUGUGGAAUACGAAGAACCUCGGCAUCGCUGGUAAGGUUGUUACUGUUUUGCUCGCCUGUGCAUGGAAGCUCAAGUCAUUACUGGAUGAGGUCUUCCAUUUCCCCCAGGAUGUAUUAAAAUGGCAGAACAUGCCUAAAAAUGUAAGGCAAUGGAGAGACGGGUGGAACAUCGAGCUGAACUGCAGUCUAGAUGGUCUCCUCACUAGACCCUCGGAGGUCGGUUAUUCCCAAUUGGGCAUGCUCAUCUCGGAAGUGGCUGUAGCUGCUGGACAGACCAAGGCCGUUCGGAACUUCGUGUCGAAGUCGUUGAUACGGUUGGCAAGUAUUAUCUCACCUGAGGCGGAGAUGCAAUGCGGGUAUAAUGAUCGUACGGAGGCUCUGAAGAUGUCGGCCUUUGCGUGGAAGAGGAAAUACGGCUGGAAGGUUUGA